AAGUGGCCAUAUUGAAAGCAGAGAGUCGCUCCGUGUUCAAUGUGCAGAGGAGCCGUUCUGAUGAAGGCAGAUCUCUCCUGCACACUUCUGACGAUGGCGGCCAAUGAGGUAGAUGUUUUCGCACAUGAAGAAAAGCGAAACCUGGAGCUCGGAGGUCAUGUGGGGUUUGACAGUCUUCCAGAUCAGUUGGUCAGUAAAUCAGUGGCUCAGGGAUUCUGUUUCAACAUCCUCUGUGUAGGUGAGACAGGGAUAGGCAAGUCGACAUUAAUGAACACUCUUUUCAACACAACAUUUGAAAAUGAGGAAGCCAGCCAUUAUCAGAGUGAAGUACAGCUACGCCCACAAACCUAUGAUCUGCAGGAGAGCAACGUCAACCUGAAGCUGACCGUUGUGCACACUGUAGGGUUUGGAGACCAGAUCAACAAAGGGCAAAGCCAUAAACCCAUUCUUGACUAUAUCGAUGCCCAGUUUGAGAGGUAUCUUGAGGAGGAGCUAAAAAUAAGACGCUCCUUGUUUAACUGCCAUGACACAAGAAUCCACAUCUGCCUGUAUUUCAUCGCUCCCACCGGACACUCCCUGAAGUCCCUGGAUCUCGUCACUAUGAAGAAACUGGACAGCAAGGUGAACAUUAUCCCAGUUAUUGCAAAGGCAGACACAGUUUCGAAGAGUGAACUGGACAAAUUAAAGAUCAAGAUAAUGAGUGAGCUGGUCAGUAAUGGGGUGCAGAUUUAUCAGUUCCCUACAGAGGAUGAAGCUGUUGCAGAGAUCAACACCUCCAUGAAUACUCAUCUUCCCUUUGCUGUGGUGGGAAGUGUAGAGGACGUUAAAGUGGGAAAUAAGAUGGUGAAAGCCAGGCUGUAUCCCUGGGGAUCAGUACAGGUGGAGAAUGAAAACCAUUGUGAUUUUGUGAAGCUGAGGGAGAUGCUGCUGCGUGUGAACAUGGAGGAUCUGCGAGAGCAAACACACGCUCGACACUAUGAGCUCUACCGUCGCUGCAAGCUGGAAGAGAUGGGCUUCAAGGACACCGGCCCGGACAGCCAGUCGUUCAGCCUUCAGGAAACAUACGAAGCAAAGAGGAAGGAAUUCCUCGUAGAUCUGCAGCGCAAAGAGGAGGAAAUGAGACAGAUGUUUGUGAGUAAAGUGAAGGAGACAGAAGCAGAGCUGAAAGAGAAAGAAAAAGAGCUUCAUGAGAGAUUCGAGCAGCUCAAGCGGAUGCACCAGGAUGAAAAGAAGAAUCUGGAGGAGAAAAGACGAGACCUGGAGGAGGAGAUGAACGCCUUCAACAGAAGAAAGGUGGCUGCUGAGACACUGAUGGGACAGGCUCUCCAAGGCUGCUCACAACCAUUCAAGAAGGAUAAGGACAAGAAGAAUUGAUUUAUGGAUCAAACAUCCAGGGAAACCAGGAAUGUGUCUGCUGUCAGCAUGGGAAAAAGAGACUGUCAUAUCUGACACUGCACACUGACACUGUAUGUGUAGGCAGUGUCACUUUGACUAUGCACGUAUGUCGGCCUGAACAAUGUGAUGGCUUUAAGCCAAUGUGUACUUAUGGAUCAAAAAGGUAGCUUUGCUUAGUGUUUCUAAUUCGUCCCUAAUGCUGACUCUGCUAGACACACAAUCCAUGGAGUGUUUUCAUAACAUGUAGCUUGUGUUGUUUUAUGUUCUGCCAUGAAUGUGUGUUCAUGUCCUGUUGUAGAACAGGAGACUUUUAGUCACUGACUGAAUUGAACUGAUUGCAGUAGUAGUGCAUUACAGAGCAUUUGUGUGUUUAUACAUGCAAUUAUUUACAACUUAAAUUGUCAACAGUUUUAAAAGACAGAAUUUCUAAUAAUGUACAUUAACAAAUGUAUUUUAUUUUUUAAAUUGUAAGUAGAUUAACGUAAAAAACGUAAUGGACUUACACCAUGAUAUGGAAAAUUAUAAAGCUAUUAACUAAAUAAUUGAACAGUGUGUCUGUGAAAAGAGCAAAUAUGCCAUCAUUUAUAUUGAAAUAAAAAAUGUCAAUGUUACACCAGACAGAGCAUCAGUUCAUCUGUUGGUCAUCUGAACCCUAAACCCUCACUUCUCUAGGACUUCCCGUCAUAUCAGUCAUUUUUUAUGAUUCCAAACAUUUCAUAUUGCACUUGUUGUCAUCAUGAUGUAUCAAAACAUGGUUUUCUGAUUUUUAUCUGUAAACAGUGUUUUGUUAAAAGCAUUAUCCAUUCAAUUCAAGUUGUUGUUUUAGAUUUUCUUUGUCCCUGGCAGCAUACAGUACAAAUAACAAAAUGCAACCCUAAUUAUAAUUUGCACUAAUCUUUGGUACUUCGUAUCUUGUUGAAGUUUGUCUAAUGGCCCUAAUGAAUAUGUAGAUUUGCUUGUUCAGAUAAAUGACAUGGUUUUUCUUUCCUUUUCAUAGCUUCUUUAGUCUUCCAUCUGCGUGCUCCUUAACCUCAGGAAGGAAUUUGAAUUAGAAGACUUUCUAC